GACUACAGUACCCAUACUGCACCGCUCCAGCCUACAGUACAUUCUGCUGCUUAUCCGGGGAUGUCACACCACUGCUAUUUUCUCCCCUCUAGUCCCUCUCACUCUCUCAGCCUACAGCUCCAGCGGACUGACAACGGGGGGGAUUUGGUUAGAAGAAAGAAACGAACAAUACAGAAGCCAAAAAAAUGGCAGAGCUUGGAGCGGGAAGCCUGCCGUUAGGAGGGGAUCCUGCUUUUAACUACCAGGAGCAUGAGCUGAACGAACGGCUGAAACGGCUGUACCCGGCUGUGAACGAGGAGGAGACCCCUUUACCCCGAUCCUGGAGCCCCAAGGAUAAAUACAGCUACAUCGGGCUGUCACAGAACAACCUGCGGGUGCAUUACAAAGGCCAUGGCAAGAACCACAAGGACGCAGCAUCAGUCCGAGCCACACACCCAAUUCCCGCUGCCUGUGGGAUCUACUACUUUGAGGUCAAGAUUGUCAGCAAAGGUCGAGAUGGGUACAUGGGUAUCGGCUUGUCUGCGCAAGGAGUCAACAUGAACAGACUGCCUGGAUGGGACAAACAUUCAUACGGUUACCAUGGAGAUGACGGCCACUCCUUCUGCUCCUCCGGGACUGGCCAACCGUACGGCCCAACAUUCACCACGGGAGAUGUGAUUGGCUGCUGUGUUAACCUCAUCAACAACACUUGCUUUUACACCAAAAAUGGCAUCAGUUUAGGUGUAGCCUUCACAGACCUCCCUCCCAACCUGUACCCCACCGUGGGGCUUCAGACUCCGGGUGAGAUUGUAGACGCAAACUUUGGCCAGCAGCCAUUUGUCUUCGACAUUGAGGACUACAUGAGUGAAUGGCGGGCCAAGAUCCAUGGCAUGAUCGCUCGCUUCCCUAUAGGAGAGAGGCUUGGGGAGUGGCAGGCCGUCCUGCAGAAUAUGGUGUCCAGCUAUCUGGUGCACCACGGGUACUGUGCCACCGCAACAGCCUUCGCCAGAGCCACAGAGACUAUGAUACAAGAGGACCAGACAUCUAUAAAGAACAGACAGAGAAUACAGAAGCUGGUGCUGGCAGGACGGGUGGGUGAAGCCAUAGAAGCCACUCAGCAACUUUAUCCGGGCCUGUUAGAACACAACCCCAACCUACUAUUCAUGUUGAAGUGUCGUCAGUUCGUGGAGAUGGUGAACGGUACAGACAGUGAGGUUCGCUGCUUGACCAUUCGCUCCCCCAAAUCCCAGGACAGUUACCCUGGUUCCCCCAGCCUCAGCCCUCGCCACGGAGCCGGCAACACACACCUGCACACCGGAGGAGCAGACAGCCCCACCUGCAGUAACGGGGUGACUCCCCCCAACAAAUCAAAGAGCCAUGGCGGUGCUGGCGGCGGCAGCGUCAAAUACCCCAGCGCGUCCUCCUCUGCCUCCUCCUCCACCUCCUCCUCCCCUUCCUCCGUUAACUACUCCGAAUCCAACUCCUCUGAUUCCACCAAGAGCCAGCCACACAGCGCCAACAGCACCCAGGAAACCAGUGACAGUGAGAUGGAGAUAGAAGCAGAGCACUAUACCAACGGGGUUGUUGAGAGCUCCUCAGCACGGAUCAUGAAUGGCACGUACAAACAUGAAGAGAUCCUUCAACCAGACGACAACAGCAUUGGAAAUGGGGUCACAGCAGACGAGGGUUACAACAAUAGUAGACAGCUUUGUGGAGGCAACCAGGCAGCCACAGAGAGGAUGAUCCAGUUCGGACGGGAGCUGCAGGCGCUCAACGAACAGCUGUGCCGCGAGUACGGCAAGAACGCCACGCACAAGAAGAUGUUACAGGAUGCAUUCAGCCUGCUAGCGUACUCAGAUCCAUGGAGUUGCCCCGUGGGCCAGCAGCUAGACCCCACGCAGAGAGAAUCACUCUGCUCCGCACUCAACAGCGCCAUACUGGAGUCCCAAAAUCUGCCCAAGCAGCCUCCUCUGAUGUUAGCGCUGGGUCAGGCCACAGAGUGUGUUCAGCUCAUGGCCCGAGUCCGGUCUGGUUCCUGCUCCUUUGCCAGAGUAGACAACUUUUUGCACUAGCCCAGGUCCAGGUUAAUGUUAAGUAGCACUGAGAGAAGGCAUGUCCAGCAGGUAGUUGUCAAGGCGACGGAGGAAAGAGCAUGCGUGUGAUUGGUGUGUUUGGCUGUCCGUCAGACCGAGCCAGCGGCACAAACAGAGGAGCGGAGGAGAGCAGAGAAGAAAGCUUCCUUUUAAUUUAGUAUUAUCAAAUAAAGAAAUGUGUGACACUAUUUAAAGAUAAUUAAUUAUUAUUAUGUUUAUCUAGCCAUUUUUUAGUUCUUUUUUUUUUUCCGUCAGUUUGUUGUGCUCAUCCGGGACAAAAAAAAAAAUUGUAAUUCCCCCUUUUCUCUUUUGUUUUUCAUGGGUUGGAUUUUGAUUCCCUAAGUUCAGUAUUUUUUUUUUCUCAUGUUGUUGUCGUUGUACACCAUAUCACAGACCACAAUACCCACAGCUGGUUACCACGGUGACCCCCCCACAACUGUAGGUCACUUUAACAAAACUUGAGGUUUUUUAUAUCAUCUCUUAAUAAGUUACAGACAGAUUCUGUAGUAGAAAAUCCCGAGAACACUUAUAACUGCACCCAUAAAUUACUGUCUGCUGAGAGACAUUAAAAUAAUAUGCUCAUGCGGUCAGCUCAGGGUUCAAAAGCUGCUGCUUCACUAUUAUUACUUGCAUUGUCUAUUAACACUGCUGCUGUCAGACUUCAAGUUCUAACCAAGACAGUGCUGUCAAACUGUCACUCUGGUGGAGGUAGGACAUUAUGUGCUGAUAGAGGGUAGGUUUGGUGUUUCCAUUUGAAAUAGAUCUAGGUGGGUGAGCGAAAGGGUGCACAGCAUGAAAAACACUUCUGAUGGUGUAGCGCAGAUAAUUAGCUGUGGUCAAGGCUGAUGCAGUAAAGGCCAAAUGAUCCCCAAAUUAUUCCACAAAGUUUUAAAAUUAAAAAGCAGUAUUUUGUUGCCAAAACCCUUCCUAAAUUAUGGUUAUGUAAUAUUUCAAGAAUAAAAUACUGAGAGCCAAAGAACAAGACACAUCCUGUAAAAACAUCUCCUGUGUAAGCAGAAAAAUAUAUAUAUAUAAUUGAAGGUCUGGCCCCUGUAACAGUGGCAAACACUGACCAGGGCGAGAAGGUGAUAACAAGGGAUUCAAUUGGAAUAUUUGAGGUGUUAGAGCCUUGCUUUUACUGUAACGACUACAGGAUCGACUAAUCAGUGAUCUUGUUGCAGGGGGCAGCGCUCAGGCACAGCUGCACCUACUUUCAGGAAAGAAUCUAACACUAUUAUCAUGGUCACCUUAAUGCCAGCAUAGAGAAAAUGAGUAUCAAAGGCAGACUAACAAUCACUGUUGUGUGCGUGUGUGUCUAAAAGUCAAGUUACCCCUGGGGAUUUCAUUACUGCAGUCUUUUUACAUCAUCCACAGCCUGACCUGCUCUGUGCAUGUGUUGUUAGAAUUUCAAAUACGUAGAUGAAAAACAAUUUGCCAAACAGGAAGGUUUUUAAUUUGAGGGUGCCCUUUUUGAUAAUUAAGUGACAGUGUUUUUUUUUUCAUUUUGGGCAACUGAUUUCAAACCACCUAAAGGUUGUGAAAACUAGUUCUGUGUGUUGUUUUAUCUCCUCCCUCGCACACAGACCCCUCCAUUUCUCUAACACCCACAAACCUCAAGAAACCAAAAUUACAAGUUUGUCCCUGAAGGCUUUACAACCUGUACAAUAACAUGAUAGUAAGAUAGAAAAGAAGAAUCUUUUUAUAGAGUCUUUUUUUUUUUUUUUUUUUUUUU